UUUGGGCUACUACGCUCCUUCAGCUUGUGUUAUCACUGAAAAUGGCGAGCUGGUGUGUACGAGCUGUAAGACAGAGUUACUAUGUUGCGGCAUCGCCUUCAUUACUAAGGGCAUCCCCGCGGCUCCUAUGCACAGCAGCUCAUCAGAAGAGUGGCCAGGGGUCGGAGGAGGACCAGAAGGCUGAGCAGAGCCCUGCAGAAAAGGCCUUGGUUGAGGAGAAGGGUCAGCUGGAGGAGCAGCUUAAGGAGGUCACGGACAAGUAUACGCGCUCUCUGGCAGACAUGGAGAACCUCAGGACGAGGAGUCAGAAGAUGGUGGAAGACGCAAAGAAAUAUGGAAUCCAAGGCUUCUGCAAAGACCUGCUGGAGGUGGCAGACAUCUUGGAGAAGGCGACGGACAGUGUGCCCAAGGAGGAGGUGACCUCUCAGAAGAACCCCCACCUGAAGAACCUGUACGAUGGCCUGGUGAUGACAGAGACGCAGAUCCAGAAGGUCUUCGCAAAGCACGGCCUGUUCAAGCUCAACCCCGACGGAGGGCAGAAGUUUGACCCCUAUGAGCAUGAGGCUCUAUUUCACGCCCCCGUGGAGGGUAAAGAGCCUGGCACGGUCGCCAUAGUAACCAAGGUGGGCUACAAGCUCCAUGGGCGCACCCUCCGGCCGGCACUGGUAGGCGUGGCCAAAGCCCCUUAAAAAAAAAGAGAUUCAGUGUGACCGUGAUGUUGUUGUUGCCUGGGCAACGGAUCGCCUUGGGUACAGCAGGCUGGUCAGAGCCCCCUCCCCAACCACCUAACGUUGCCUCAGAGGCAGGAAUCCAACUGAUGUCGUUACCAUGGACGACAUCAUCACACAGCCUGUUUUGACUGUGCAUAUCGACUCUCCACCCUUCUCCGGAAGUGUGCACUUGCUCACUCCCCGUCAUGAAUUGAAAAGCAUUGGAUUGAUAUAAGCAUUGGUUGGAGGGAGUUUACACUGUCUUUAAAUCCAUGACAGGGAGUGUGCAAGUUUAUACUUUGGGAGAAGGGUAGAUAAUUGGGACAGAGCCCAUGUAUAUGCCGGGAGCAAAUAUGUUUUAACAGAAGUAAUGGCAUGUAGAGCACAGAACCAGUUUCAUGCAAGUUAUUUCUGUCGUAUUUGUCAUCGGGGUCAGAUUCCAUUCAUCUCUUUGUCCAGUCAUUGUAAUUGUUGUGUUAUGGAUGGGAGAAUGUAAUGGAUCUCAUUGAUUAUAGACAACUGUUGUCAUCACUAUCAUAACUAUCAUACAAUUGAAUUUAAAAUGACAUUUUUCCUGUUAGAUAGUCUUUGGCACAACUUAAACCUGUAUAUUGCUGUUUUAGUAUUGCUUCCAGGAACACUUUUACAUGUACUGUAUACUUAAUUUUCAGAAAUGAUGUCUAGACAAAUUGAUUAUUGUUUAGCUACAAUAGUACAGUAGGACACUGACUAUGGUUGCCAAAAUGAGACAGAAAUGCUCUGGUCAAAUUGAUUACAGAUUCACCUGAGAUAAGCAACAUGAUAUUGAACCUCUGACGUAAUCAUUGCGGACUUCACUGUACAUCACUGCUUUGGCAGAUGUUGACUUGAUGGUCUAGGAUAGACGGCAAAAUACCGAUUUGAGUUUAUCCAAUAACUAUUUGAACUGAACAUUAUAGUUGUCCUGUUGAGUGAGUGCCACAGCAGCAUUUAAAUAAACAGAUUUACUUUGUA